UUCAUUUGGGUCAGAAAAGGAACAAGUCCCAGCAGCAGCAGCUGCGGAGGAGCCAGGACGAGUCCGGUGGAGCCGGAGAUUCUGAUUUUAUUCGGAAACUAAGUCAAGAUACUGUCCGGUUACGUCGCCGUGAAAGUGUCAGCGGCGCUGUUGAAAGAAAACAAAGCGUCAGAGUUUGAGCUAGUUUUCCUUCUAACUGACUCUUCUGGAGACACAUGACGUUAAAGCCCAACUGAAGCGGAGAAUCUUCAGCCAAAGAUGGACCUGUGGUUGCUUUUGAUAGCGACGUUAUCCGUCGUGCUCGGCAGCAGCUCCGCUCAGCAAGAGGGAAGCAUCUGCAUCAAAGCCAACGCACAGUCAUGUGGAGAGUGUAUCCAAGUGUCGGAGGCCUGUGGAUGGUGCACUGACGAAAAUUUCCUCACGGUGGGCGAGUCCAAGUCGGCCCGCUGCGAUGACCUCGAGUCCCUGAAGGCCCGGAAGUGUAAUGAGGCGAAGAUCGAGAAUCCUCGUGGAAGCAUGGUGGUCAACAAGGACAAACCGGUCACUGACCGUGCCAAGGAGGGAGAUAAGCUUAAACUGGAGCAGAUCACCCAGAUCCAGCCCCAGAAACUCACCCUGAACCUCAGAUCUGGAGAGCCGCAGACCUUCAGGCUCAAGUUCAAGCGGGCAGAGGACUACCCCAUUGAUCUGUACUACUUGAUGGACCUGUCCUUCUCUAUGAAAGACGAUUUGGAGAACGUGAAGAAUCUCGGAACGGACCUAAUGAGGGAGAUGCAGGAGAUCACCACCGACUUCAGGAUCGGUUUUGGCUCGUUCGUGGAGAAGACGGUCAUGCCCUACAUCAGCACCACCCCGGCCCGUCUCUUGAACCCGUGCACGGGCAACCAGAAUUGCACCCGCCCCUUCAGCUACAAGAACGUCCUGAAGCUGACCGACAAGGGGGACGAGUUCAACCGUCUGGUCGGCCUGCAGCAGAUCUCUGGGAACCUGGACUCCCCAGAGGGGGGGUUCGACGCCAUCAUGCAGGUCGCUGUGUGCGAGGAGCAAAUUGGCUGGAGGAACGUGACCCGCCUGCUGGUGUUCUCCACCGACGCUGGUUUCCACUUCGCUGGAGAUGGUAAACUGGGAGGCAUUGUGCUGCCCAACGAUGGGAAGUGCCACCUGGAGAACAACGUGUACACCAUGAGCCACUACUAUGACUACCCGUCCAUCGCGCACUUGGUCCAGAAGCUGAGCGACCACAACAUCCAGACCAUCUUCGCCGUGACAGAAGAGUUCCAGCCAGUUUACAAGGAACUGAAGAAUCUUAUUCCUAAAUCGGCCGUGGGAACAUUGUCGUCCAACUCCAGCAACGUGAUCAAGCUGAUCAUCGACGCCUACAACUCGCUCUCGUCUGAGGUCAUUUUGGAGAACAGCCGGCUGCCUGAAGGAGUGACCAUCACCUACAAGGCCAUCUGUAAGAACGGCGUGGAGGAAACGGCUGACAACGGCAGAAAGUGCUCCAACAUUUCCAUCGGCGACGAGGUCUUCUUCAACAUCUCCAUCGAGUCCCAAAAGUGUCCGCUGGAUGGGAAGUCUGAGAUCAUAAAGAUCAAACCGCUUGGCUUCACUGAGGAGGUGGAGGUGGUGCUCAACUUCAUCUGUGAGUGUCAGUGUUCCAAAGACGGCGAACCCAACAGCCAGCAGUGCAACGAUGGCAACGGAACCUUCGAGUGCGGGGCCUGCAAGUGUAACGAAGGACGCAUUGGGCGACUGUGCGAGUGCAGUAAAGAUGAGGUCCGAACCGAAGACCUGGACGCCAACUGCAGGAAGGACAACGGCACCGACAUCUGCAGCAACAAUGGCGACUGCGUCUGCGGCACCUGCGAGUGCAAGAAGCGGGAGAACCCAGCCGAGGUGUACAGCGGAAAGUACUGCGAGUGCGACAACUUCAACUGCGACCGCUCCGGCAACAAGCUGUGUGGAGGACACGGACGCUGCGAGUGUCGCGUGUGUGUCUGUGACGCAAACUACACAGGAAGUGCCUGCGACUGCUCGCUGGACACGUCCACCUGCCUGGCCAAGAACGGACAGAUCUGCAACGGGAGAGGCACCUGCGAGUGUGGCAUUUGUAAAUGUACCAACCCCAAGUUCCAGGGUCCCACCUGUGAGAUCUGCCCCACCUGCCCGGGUGUCUGCCCUGAGCACAAAGAGUGCGUUCAGUGCAGAGCCUUCCAGACCGGCGAGAAGAAAGACACGUGCGAGCGCGACUGCAGCUACUUCCAGCUCAUCAAGGUCAAAGAAACCAAAGAUCUGCCGCAGCCGACCGACCAGAGCUACCCGCUGAGCCACUGCAAAGAGCGGGACGCCAACGACUGCUGGCUGUACUACACCUACGCCAUCAGGAAUGACACCAAGGAGGUCUACGUGGUGGAGAAGCCAGAUUGCCCAGCGGGACCUGACAUCAUCCCUAUUGUGGCCGGCGUGGUGGCUGGGAUCGUUCUGAUCGGUCUGGCGCUGCUGCUCAUCUGGAAGCUCCUCAUGAUCAUCCACGACCGCAGAGAGUUCGCCAAGUUCGAGAAGGAGAAGAUGAACGCCAAGUGGGACACGGGCGAGAAUCCCAUCUACAAGAGCGCCGUCACAACUGUCGUCAAUCCAAAGUACGAGGGCAAGUGAUGGAGCGACGCCUUCACUCAGAUGGAAACACUGUACAGAGGAGAUUUGGGGAGGGGGCUGGGGGUGAGAAGUUGUCGGGAGUCUGAUGCCUCACUGUUGUUUUAGACACCACAUCAUAGAGUUCUGCCACUAUUUCAGUUUUUUCUUUUGCCUCUAUGCAUCAGUCGAACUUGUACAGCUGUGUGUGAGCAUUUUUUACGUGUCUUUGAGCGAAUGACUUGUCUGCCAGAGGUCUGGACAACGGUGCCUCGUCUUUUUUUUCUCUUUCCUGAAACUUUCAAAGCCAUCAGUGUUAGAUCAGAUGCUGUGUUGACCGUUCAGUGAUUCGGAUAGUUAGGACAGAAAGUUGAGCCAGCAUUUCUCACGAUGGGCCAAGUCGUGCUGACGUUCGCCACUCACUUUCUCGCCUGAAUACCAGUGACCCAUGACCAGCCUAAAAUAAGACCAGCCAAAAAUGUCAAAAUCGAAUCAAGUACAAAUUGAUAUGUUUGAUUUCUCUUCAGUUCUGUCGUAAAUUGUCACAAACGCAUCACAAUUUAUUCUUUCAUAUUUUGUGCCACUGAAAUCCCAGGCUUCAUUCCUGCACAGAGCCACGAGAGUCAAAUCUGUUUGACUCACAGUGUUAAUCUAACAGUCAUGUUUGAUAAGUUGAAAAGUUUGAAAACUGAAACUUGUUUAGUGUUAGUGAGAGCGCAGCAGGACAAUCCAGUCUCCUUUCACUCGUGAUGUAAUAUACGGUUUGUUAGAGCUUUAAUCUUUAAAUCUGAAACAUUUGCUGUCGAGUGAAACAGCCUGCUGUUGACUCAAAGUCACAUACAGAAAUGUCAACGUAAUGGUGUGUGAUACAUGGAAUGUCCAUCGGACGUUCUAUGUGAGGAGUCUGUGGUGUCUCAGACGUAACUGUGGGUCAUGGUUCUGUGCAGAAGCCAUACAUGAACUCACAGAACCGACUCAUAAUCUAUUUGACAUUCUGCUCUUCGUCACAGCAAUCGAUCCUCAUCCGAUCCGGAACCGGGUUUUUAACGUCUCAGGUCCCAAAUCGCUCACAGCUUCACCAAAAACUCUUGUUGUUGUUGAUUUGUUUGUUUUUCUUCGUAUAGAUCAAAGUUGUUUUUUUUAAUUCAUGUUUUGUCUUUUUUUAAGCAAAAAGGUCAGAGUUGGUUUAAGUGCCUUUUUAAAAGAAAAUUUCACGUUUGAAAUUCUGAUUUUCAAAACUUAUUUAUUGAAUAAAGGUUUUUUUAAAUCUU